AUGGAACAGGAAGAGACAUCCUCGACUAGAGAACAUGGAACCCCUGAUAAGAUGAUUGCCGAUGACGCUGGUUGGGUUUCUUCUAGAAGUAAGAAUUCCGAGGAUGAAGAAUACCUCUUACCUGAAUUCGAUGAACUGGUGCGUCAAGGUCUAAUGUCCGUUGACUUGUACACCGAAAACUUGGAAACCCCUCCUGACGAUGGAUCACCGGUGGACGCGGAGAAAUUAACAGAACAAGAGAUACUCAAACUUAGAACACUUGUCGACGUCCUUCAAGAGAGGGUGGCAUGCCUCGAGGUCCAGCUUCUCGAGUACUAUGGCCUCAAAGAUCAACGGUCAACUGUGCGGGAACUAGAGAACCAUCUAAAGAGCAAGGAUAUGGAGGCUAGACUCCUAUCCCUGAAGAUGAAUUCGGUACAGGCGGAGAACGAGAAACUUGGGGUUCGCGCAUCUGAAUACAGAGGAGUAAAUGCUCAGCUGGAGUCAGCAAGGGCUGAAAUGAUGCAUCUGGAGGGCAUCUUGAGGUCAGACUUGACUCUGGAGAAAGAGAAAAUGACUGCAUUGCAUCAUAGAAUUGCAGCAGUACAAGGUAACGAUGACGACGAGACAGUUGAUAAGAGACUGAAGGAAUGGGAGGACGAGGCAGCAGACCUCAGAAAAGCAAAUUUGAACUUGGCAAUGGAGAAUGCAAGCUUGUCGAAGAAGCUGGAAUCGACACAAAUACUUGCCUCUUCCACUCUAGACUCUCCAGAGGUAUAUGGACCCAUUGCAUUAAUUAUAACUAAAAAAAUCGGGGCUUAAAGUUGGCCAAAAAAGAGUAUGGCUAAUUUUGUACAGUUUCUUGAGUUAGUACGUGCCCUUGAUCUAAUUUUCCACACGGCAGUAUUGCCACUAGAGAAUGAUUCUUUAACUAUUCUUAUUUCAUAUGCUUCUUCUGCAUUUUAUAAUUUUUCUUAGUUUUUUCCUAAUACCUUUGAAUUUUGGAAGUAGUUUUCAAAUUUGAAAGCUUUUGGUUUACUCGAAAUAUAAUUGUCACUGAAUUACCCGUAAUACUUUCACAGAAAAUUCAGGCACUGGAGGAAGUGAGGCGUCUGAAGCAAAUAAACGACGAACUGGUCAAUGAAAUCGGGCAAAUCCAAAUCGACCGCUGUGCAGAUAUUGAGGAGUUGGUGUAUCUCAGAUGGGUCAAUGCUUGUCUGCGGUAUGAGCUGAGGAACUAUCAACCGUCUCCGGGGAAAACUGCAGCGAGGGAUUUGAGCCACACUUUAAGUCCUGAUUCAGAGCAGAAGGCCAAACAACUCAUACAUGAAUUUGCAAAUUCAGGAGACAACGGAAAAUUCAUUAAGAUAGACUUUGAUCCAGAACAUUAUCCUUCAUUAGGAGCAUCAUCACUGACAGAGAAUAGAGAGCUAGAUGAAUCUUCAGUUCAUAGCUCUUUUGCUUCCAAAAGCAAUGCUUCGAGCAAAACGCAGCUCCUAAGGAAGCUCAAAAGGUUACUGAUGGGCAAACACAAGCAUCAGGAUAGAAAUUCUUCGGUUGACCGAAGUCCCACUGGAUUGGAGAGAAGGGCAUCUACUUCUGCUUAUUCAUUUGAUGGCAAUACAGGAAGGCAUUCGUAUGAUAGCUUAGCUUCCUCCAUAUCCUCGGACUAUGGGCAGGAAAAUCAGUUGACGGCAACUGAAGGAAACUUUCAUGAACAGCCCCAGAAAGGAGGCCCAUGGAAUAAGAAGCUAUCUAGAGUCUCCUUAGAUUUUCAAAGGUUGAAGAAACAAGGAGAGUCCUCAAAACUAGAUGGCGAACGCAGCAGAAGUGAUCUAGCAGUCUCCUAUUGGCAAGCAAUGGCCAUAAGAGAUGAUAAUCUGCUUCACACUGGAGCGGUCGAGGAUGAAACACUCGAGACCACCUAUGAGAGGCCCAGACGGCGCCAUCGAUCAGCAUCAGUCAGCUUGUUCUGA